AUGGCACCGUCGACAUGCUUUGAUGGAGACAAGCUUAUAUAUUUGGUCGGUGGCACAGAUAGUGUCGGUGAACAAGUGCCACAGGUUUCCAGCUUCAACAUCGAGACUCAACAGGUCACACAUAUUGACAAUAUGCGUCUUGGUGGACUCUAUGGAGAAUACUUGUUCAUUUACGACAACACUCUCCAUUUCUUCCAAGAAUACCCGGGUGAAGUCAUCCUCACCUACAACCUUUCCACCAAGGUACAGUCGCAAUUCGCACUCUCUAGCCCAUUCGCAUCGAUUCUGUACGACCAGAAGCACACGAUCUUCAUGGUUGGAAAGGACAAUCAAUUCAUGAGCAUGUCGUUGGCUACACGCCAGUACAAACUGCUAAUGUGGCCAUCAGUGCCAUUGGCCCACGAUGGAAAUGGCCUCUCCUUUGCCAACAAUCUAGUUUGGUGGUAUUCGCCAAAGGAGAAUAAGGAAGAGCUUAUACUACUUCAAGGACGUGGUAAUAAUCAUAGAUACUCAAUCGAUCGUAAUGAAUGGACCAAGAUCAAUGAUGAUGAUCCUGUCGACAACAGGGUUAGCUUUGGAUUCACUUUCAUUUAUGACAUGCCUCAACGACUUGUUAAUUGA